AUGAAUUUGAUUCUCCGAACAGAGGGCACCACCCAUCGCAAUCGGCUCAACGGUUCUGUGCUGCUGGCAUUUCUGUGGACACCUGCCCUGCACCACCAGCGGGCGCUGUCAAAAUUUUCUGUUCACGCCGCAAAACACGGACGCCGCUUCUUCAGGGGGAAACUGUACCUGGCCGGCUCCGAGAGCUUAUAUUUGCAAGCUCCAGCCGUACCAAAAGUUCCGCAUCGUCGUCCACCGCAUAACCGCGGCCGAUGGCGAAAAGGUCGUACUCUCAGGUACUCAUGGGAGCACUGA